ACAUGCGGCGGAAACUCCCUGGUAAAAUGUGCUGCGCUGCUUUCACUUUCUUUUAAUCGAUUGUAACCAAUAGUCGAUAUACACGUAUUUUGAUUUGACACACAAGAUAAUGAUUAUUGUCAUUUUAUCUGGAUAAAUAGCUCAUGUUAUUUACAAUUUAUUAUUAUUUGCACGCUGUUAUUACUGUUUACACGCUAUUCUUGCGUUCGUUUAGUGAAACAGAAGAAGAAAGCUAUAGAUCAGCUACCGACGCCAAUGGAAAUCAACUCUACAGACACAGCGGUUAACAUGAUGGCAUGUUAUUUUGCGCUCACUCUGUUUGUUUUGCUCGCUCAUGUUCCUGGCCACCUGUGAAACUGGCUAUCCAUUCAGGUGUUUCCUUCCUUACAGCUUGAGACACUGGGAUGGAUUCCAGCAUCUCUGUGAUCCUACACAGGACAAAGGUGUGUCUGGUGAUGUGGUGACCGUGUCAGUGAAGGAGGGAGAUUUGGUCACUCUACGCACUGAUAUCACAAAGAAAGAACAUGACAAGAUGCUAUGGUAUUUUGACGACACUCGCAUAGCUCUGAUCAAUGGACAUCCCAAUACGAGCUGUUUAUAUGAUGGUGAAGGUGGGAGAUUCAGAGACAGACUGAAGGUGGACUACGAGACUGGAUCUCUGACCAUCACAGACAUCAGAUCUGAACAUGCUGGACAUUAUGAAGCAGAGAUCAUCAGAAGCGUGAGUUCAGGCAAAAGGCAAAGCUUGAAUAGAAACCGCAAAUGUGACAGCACAAAAAUCACCAAAAAAAUCAGCAACAGUCAUGAUGAUACCAUAAAAACUUUCAAUAUGAUCGUCACUGGUGUGUCUGGUGAUGUGGUGACCGUGUCAGUGAAGGAGGGAGAUUUGGUCACUCUACGCACUGAUAUCACAAAGAAAGAACAUGACAAGAUGCUAUGGUAUUUUGACGACACUCGCAUAGCUCUGAUCAAUGGACAUCCCAAUACGAGCUGUUUAUAUGAUGGUGAAGGUGGGAGAUUCAGAGACAGACUGAAGGUGGACUACGAGACUGGAUCUCUGACCAUCACAGACAUCAGAUCUGAACAUGCUGGACAUUAUGAAGCAGAGAUCAUCAGAAGCGUGAGUUCAGGCAAAAGGCAAAGCUUGAAUAGAAACCGCAAAUGUGACAGCACAAAAAUCACCAAAAAAAUCAGCAACAGUCAUGAUGAUACCAUAAAAACUUUCAAUAUGAUCGUCACUGCUGAUCUGUCUGAUCAAGUCAAAACUGAUGAAGAACCGCAUAUGGAGAAGAGGGAGUUUGACUUAGAUUCAGAUCUGUCUUCAGCUGCUGUAGCAGGAAUAUGUGCUGCUGUUCUGCUGCUAGUGACUGUUGUAGCUGCUGCUGCUGUGAUUUACCACAGGAGCUCCAGAAAUGCAAUAAGGAAGAAUAAAAACAAUGAAGGACUGCUGUGCAAAGAUAAGAUGAUCCCAAAAGUGUGAUUAUAAAAUAAGAAAAAAAAACCCUACAAGAAACAAUAUUCACUGUAAAACAUAAUACAUUCAACUUUGUUUUAUUGCACUGAAGCCAAUUUACAAGAACAUAUUUGUUCUAGGUUUUAUUUUUGAGACUGAACUUGAUAAAACACUAUAAUGUAGUUUAGUUUAGUUUUAUUUGUUUAAAAGUUUAGUAAGAUUGACAAGACAGGAUAAUGCAACACAAAACCCUAAAAUGCAUCAAACAUACACAUACUCCAAAGCAAUCAUUUAACUAGUAUAACACAAGUGAAAUAAGUUGAUAUACAGUGCAAUACAAUAUUCUUGCAAUGUAUUCUAUUGUUGUUUAUUUUUAUUACUGUGGUUGCAAGGGGUAUGUUUCUUCACGUCUAAGAUAUGUUGUCUUCAUUUAAAUAUUUUUUUGUGAUGUUUUCCAUUGCUUCGGUUUUGGUAUAACUCUGGUUUUGGGAUAAAGUAGAGGCAAAGUCUUAUCAUUGAAAUGUGUGCAGCUAAAAUUAUUUAUUAUAUUAACUGUUAACUUUGACACUAGCUGUAAUCUGAUUGGUUACACUUUAUUUUGAUAGUCCACUUUAGACAUUAUACUAACUAUAAGUAACUUUGCAACUACAUGUCAAUUAAUUCUAAUAAAUUUGCAACUACAUGUCUACUAACUCUCAGGUCUACUAACAGAGCAGACUGUUAGGUUAGGUUUAGGGUUAGUAGAAUAAGUUGACAUAUACUUUAUGUCAUAUGAAACACUUUAAGUUUAGAAGAGUGUUAGAAGAUAUUGGGCAGACAGUCUACUAAUACUCUGACUUGACAUGCAGUUGCAAAGUUACUUACUGUCAGUAGAAUGUCUGAAGUGGACUAUCAAAAUAAAGUGUUACCAUCUGAUUUAGGAAAAUGUAUGAUGUCUUUAUUCAGAUCAGCAGAUGAGCAUCACAAGUAGUUAUUAUAAUAAAAUGAAGGAUGGAUCCUUAAUCCACCACACCUCAACAGAGCAGGUUAAGCUUGUGGAAAGUCACUUUAAAUCCUGUUUCUUUGUGCAAUAAAUAAAUAGUUAGGUGGCACAUAUAUUUUAAGUUUACUUUGUGCACAGGACAAUUUUAGGAUUAUAUUCCAGUCAGAAAUUAGCCAAUUUGUUGACUGAUUUAGUAACAAUAAAUUAACAAUAAACAUAAAGAAAACUGAGGAGAUUGAUCUUCAUUAAAUGUGUAGGCGACUAUCAUCCAAUGGUUCUACAUGUCCAAUUUGUUAUGGAAACAAGAACUGUUUUUGUUAUUUAUACCUCAAUCUUUGUCUAAAAACUAUAAUGUAUUUAUAAUAUUACUCAACAUUCUGUAAUUUCCAUUUAUUUUCUCCACUGUGAAGGAUCUGACGAUCCUCAAAUGCAAACUGUGUUUUACCUCAGGGCAACCAUACAUUUGUGUUGUGUUUUGCUUUCUUUUUAUAUAUUCUUCAUUUAUUCUUCAUUCAUUUAAUCAUUUAUAAUUAGGGCUGUAACGAUAAUCGCACGAU